UGGUGCUAAUAAGAUCAUUUCUUGUGGUAACAUGUUUCAACUAGAAAAACUGUGUUUUGGUGUGGGUUUAAUACUGACUUUUGUAUUGUUCGUAGACACCCAAUUGUGUACCGAAAGGCAGACUUUCAUGCGAUGGGUUCCAGAAACAUACAUACGCUCUUACAAAGAGACCUAUCAGGGUAACUGUUGGUAUAGAUGUACCAAGACCAGGUGGCGCUCCUAUAUCGAUCAGAGAAUGGUACCGAGACAGGUCGUGGAAAACAAAGACGUCUGCUGUGCUGGUUACAUGGAGGAUGACACAUCAUUACAGCUCAAAUGUAAUCCGAUCUGCAGACCAACAUGUAAAAACGGAUAUUGCAAGAGUCCGAGUCAAUGUGCUUGCAAUGAAGGAUAUGAAAUCAAUCAGGAUAAUCCACACAAUUGCUUACCAAUUUGCCAUAAGAGUUGCGGUCAUGGCACUUGUGUAAGACCAGACGUAUGUGAUUGUAAUUUCGGUUACACUUUCACUAAUUCCACGUGUCAAGCUAUCUGCACUGAAGCUUGUGUAAACGGUACAUGCGUUGCUCCGGAUACCUGCGAGUGCUUUAACGGUUAUAGGAAAACUGAAAGUAAUCUUUGUUUACCAUAUUGCUCAAAUGGAUGUCCUCACGGAACAUGCGUCGCUCCAGAGAACUGCACUUGUGAUGAUGGCUGGUAUAAAGAUAGCUCAGAUGAUUGUGUACCGCGCUGUAAUGUAAGCUGUGGUGGGGGCUAUUGCAUCGCUCCAAAUGUUUGCGAAUGCGAUACCGGAUAUGAAAAAUCUCAUAAUGGCACAUGUAUUCCUACGUGCUCUAAAGAAUGUCUGCAUGGAAUUUGCGCAGCUCCUGAAAAUUGUAUAUGUGAUGACAGAUGGCAUAAGAAUGAAACUGGUGACUGCGUACCUAUUUGUGACAUUGACUGUGGUGUAGGAGGUACGUGCGUCGAGCCUGAUGUUUGUGAAUGUGAAUCUGGUUAUAGUAAAAAUUUAAAUGGAACGUGUGUCCCUCAAUGUUCCAAUGGUUGUCCAAACGGUACUUGCGUAAGUCCUGACGUGUGCGAAUGUAAUGAAGGUUGGAAUAAAACUCACUUAGGUAUUUGUGAACCGUAUUGCAAUGGCGGUUGUGUUUUUGGUACCUGUAUAGAACCAGAUGUAUGCCGGUGUCACACUGGCUAUAAAAUAAAUAUGGAUAAUACGAAUGACUCACUGUGUAUUCCUGAAUGUAAAAACUGUAGUGGUAUUUGUGUAGCUCCUGAAAAUUGUAUAGAUGUAUCACCAACCACAACAGAAGUAGCAUUUACAGAAUGUAACGACUCCUCUUGUAUUGAUAAAAAAGAUAGUACGAUAUCUAUGACAGAGACAAGCGAUUAUGGAAAAACCAAUGAUGAAAAGGCAGAAGUAACAGUGUCAACCAUCGAUGAAGCUCGUCAUAUUAAUAACGACGCGGUUUAUCAGAAACAAAGCAUAUGGUCGAAUUAUUGGAUUUACAUUGCUGUAACGGCGGUUGCUGUAACAUUACUGGCUUUUAUCCUUCUUAUUGUAAAAAGGAAAGCAGUGGCGCGUAUGUGUCAUGGAGGUAGUUAUAUUAUUGAAGGCGAAAGAGAAAAUGAAGCUUGUCAUUCUAUACAGAGAGAUAUGAGUUAUUUAAAAAUGAUGCACAAGGAUCGAAAUUAAAGAUCUCAAAAUACGUCUAUUAUUCUAGCAAAAGAAUUCCUGAUAAAAAAUUAUUCAGCCAGUCAAAACAAAAAAAAUAUCUAUGGCUCGGAAAGCAAAAUUUCAGAUCUGAGAAGAAUCAACAAAAACAUCUAACCGAUUUUAAUACUUUAUAUUGCAAAUAAUUAUUUUUAACGAUUAAUAUUUUGUUUUUAAAUAUAAUAUAAUUUGUUGUUUAGUAAAACAUUGUUGGUAU